AACUUUGGUGUUUAUGUGAUGAAGGUGGAAGGUGGGCGGAUAGAUCACGCCCUUCACCAGACGAACGCCAAGAGGGCCAUUUACGAGACCCUGGCGUUGGACAGGGCCGUGGCUGCGGCACUCAAGCGCGUCAACAUCAAGGAGACGCUUCUGCUCGUCACUGCGGACCAUUCGCACGUCAUGACCAUCAACGGGUACCCGAAACGAGGCAACCCUAUAUUAGGCAUCGCGGAGAACUCUACGGAUUACGCUCGUCUUCCGUACACAACCCUGAUGUUCACGAAUGGACCUGGAUUCAGUUACAGGGCUGUCAAUGAUUCAAGCAAAGUGCAUUGGAGAAACGUUACGGAGGUUGAUACCAAGUCUUCAAAGUACCAGCAACUUGCAGGCGUCAGUCGCAGUACGGAAACGCACGGAGGCGAAGAUGUUCACGUAUACGGAAUAGGUCCCUGGGCUCACAUGAUAACAGGAGUGCAUGAGCAAAGCUACAUUGCUCACAUAAUGAGUUAUGCGGGUUGCCUGGGGGAGUAUUCAAAGGACCCCUGGCCUCACUGCGAGCCCAGCGAUAAUGUCCGGUCCUUCUAUUCAUCAUCUUCUUCCGCUGCAUUCCACGCCAUUUCCUCCUGUGCAAAUCUCGGAGUUGUCAUUAUCACUGUGCUUUUAUUGCAGUCGAUGCUCAGGCUCUGAAGUUUGCUGAUACUACACGUGGCAUGAUGAAGGUGGAAUCGGCAAUUGAGUAUUGAUCGCUGUUGGGUUGCUACUGAUGAGGAGAAUAUGCUUUGUUCAGUUGCGUGCCUUAAAUAUGUGUUGAAUUAUUGUGAAACCAGACGGAACCGGGUUUAUGUUUUGAGAGUUACUUUGUAAUAAUUAUUUGUACUAUUUUUUUUUCCGGGACGGUUUUUCAGCCGGAUAUGACGAAAUUCCUGCCGAGUAAACUGCUGGCUCAAAAAUUGUAGACUUUGUUUUGUGAUUGUUGAAAGUAUUUUGAAUUGGAACAUCCGAGUGGUAAUUUUAUUUUCAUUUUUUUGGUUCGGUACGCUGAGAUUCGAUUUGUUGACUGGAAAAGCGAAAUGAUUGAAAAAAGGAACUUGUAUAUUUUCUGUUAUUUAUUUUUUUACCGCUGAAUAAGGCGGUGAGGCGAGAAAAAAUGCAGGGUUAUUUUUUACAAACAUGAAA